CUGUGAUUUAUUAUAAUUUUUCAAAACUGCUUUAGGGGGUAAAUUGACCGGUUUUGGAAAGUUCAGGGGGUGAUAUAGACCGUUUUAUAGUUUGGGGGAUUAUGUAGUCCACCCCCUAUAGGUGAGGGGGUGAUGUAGACUUUUUCCUUGUUUUCCUGCAUUGAACAGUAGCCAGUCGUAUAAGUGCUGGAAUAUUGUGCUGAGCAAUUCUGCCACUCAUUGUCAUCAUCUUACAAAAUUACUGGGCUGAAGCUGUACCAAGAAGAAUUUAAAUCAGAUUCAUGCAAAUUGUAUCAGAAGGAAGUUCCGUACCAUAAAAUAAGUUAUUCGUAUAGUAGUUUCAUGAAACAAUAAAAGUGGUAUACAUUACACAAUAUGCCAGAUUCUUAUUAUUGGCAUGCCUAUCCUUUUCCUGAGUAUUGGAGUGUUUACCAACUUAUCACAUGGAAUUACACUGAUACAAAAUCACCGCACCAAGUCUCGGAGUUCUGUUCAAGCACAUGAGACUGUGUUAGCUCUGUGAGUGUCUCCAGGGAUGUGGGUCAAGGCAAUAAAAGUCCACGAGCUCGGUGGUCCAGAAGUACUUAGUUGGGAAGACGUUGAGAUUGGGGAUCCCAAAGAAGGAGAAAUCCGGAUCAAGAACAAGGCCAUCGGAGUCAACUAUGUCGAUAUAUAUUACCGUACCGGAUUACAUCGAGCUCCUCUUCCAUUUAUUCCUGGCAAGGAAGCAGUUGGUGUUGUGUCUGCCGUGGGUCCUGAUGUUACUAGUUUCAAAGUCGGUGAUGUUGUCGGCUAUGCUGAUAAUCCAAUGGGUUCUUAUGCUGAAGAACAAAUCAUCCCGGCAAGUGUGGCCAUUCCUAUACCCCCUGCAAUAGACUACAAAACCGCAGCAUCUGUUUUACUGAAGGGAAUGACUGCAUAUGUCCUUGUGCGACAAGCCUUUAAGGUCCAGAGAGGCCACACUGUUCUAGUCCAUGCUGCUGCUGGUGGAGUCGGCUCUCUCCUCUGCCAGUGGGCAAAUGCCCUUGGCACCACUGUCAUUGGCACUGUUUCAACUGAAGAGAAGGUCGGCCAAGCAACCCAAAAUGGAUGCCGGCAUGUGAUAGUGUACACGAAGGAGGACUUUGUUACCCGGGUUGCUGAGAUAACGUCAGGCGAAGGUGUUCAUGUUGUCUACGAUGCCGUCGGGAAGGACACAUUCCAGGGAUCAUUGGCGUGCUUGAUGUCGCGUGGCUGCAUGAUCUCCUACGGCCAGUCUUCGGGUAGCAGGCCAGACCCUGUCUGGUUGAGCGAUCUCGCGCCAAAAUCGUUGAUCCUGGGCAGACCAGGACUGAUGCACUACACCACCAACCACGACGAAUUGCUGCAGGCUGCCAGUGAAGUCUUUGCCAGCAUCAUGGCCGGAGUGCUGCAGGUGCACCCCAACCACGUGUACCUGCUGUCGGAGGCUGCCCGCGCGCACAAGGAUCUCGAGGCCCGUAGAACAUCCGGCUCCAUCGUGCUGAUACCUGACAGCCAAAGGUUGUAGGAGAAUGCAAGUGUUAGCCGUGACCUCUGGUUCUGCAUUGCCAUAUUCGGAGUUUUGUGCAUGAUAAUGUUGCUCUGGUAUGCACUCUGCUAAACAGUUUAUGUUGACAAUUGUCAGGUACUGUGAGAUUUUUUUAAAAAAAAUAUCAGAUUGUCUUGGUGGAUGAAUCCGUCCAUCAAUCAUGUGAAACAGUA